CUUAAUGGUUUGAGCAAAACUGCUACUUGAAACACCGAUUACAUUGUGAUUACAUUAUUCAAAUACCAUUUGAAUAUUUUUUAUUUCAGUUGGAUAAAUGUUUUUUUGAGGAAUCUGGAAAUGUCUUCAAAACACCGACUCUAACAGGAGCGAUACUGGAGAGCAGCAACUGGUUCGCUCGCCUCGCCGGUGCUGCUGCUGCUGCAACACCUACAACAGACGGAGGAGAAGAGGCUGACCAACACACUUCACGUCUGGUGGAAUAACGCCGAACUGAGCUGCUUUUUACACAUUUUAACAGGCUUUAAUACUUUGAGAGCAGAGCUUCUUCGCCAAUGGCAAGUCCGGUCACAGACAUCGGACAGUCUCAUCAGCAUCACCCUGUGACUGAAUCGGCCGCAGACUCCGCGUUUCAGGAGGCGCAGACAUGGAUAGAGGCUGUGACGGGAAGAUGCUUUGGUGACAAGGACUUCAGAGGAGGUUUGGAGAACGGGAUACUGCUAUGCGAGUUGCUGAGCUCUAUUAAACCCGGCCUGGUGAAGAAAAUUAACAGACUUCCAACACCCAUAGCUGGCCUGGACAACCUCAGUGUGUUUCUGCGCGGCUGUGAAGAGUUGGGACUGAAGGGCUCCCAGCUGUUUGACCCUGGAGACCUGCAGGACACAUCAACACGCCCCACUGCAAAGGGAACGGACUGCAGCCGUAAACUCAAGAAUGUUCUAAUCACCAUCUACUGGUUGGGUCGUGCUACCAACGGCUGUACGUCCUACAACGGUCCCACGCUGGACCUGAAAGAGUUUGAGGGCCUGCUGUCACAGAUGCGAAAGGAGGCGGAGGAGGCAGAGAGCCCUAAACGCAGCAUCCGGGACAGUGGCUACAUCGACUGCUGGGACUCCGAGCGCAGCGACUCUCUCUCCCCGCCACGCCACGGCCGUGAGGACUCCUUCGACAGUCUGGACUCCUUCGGCUCACGCUCACGACAGACCCCGUCGCCGGACGUCCUGGUCCCCCGCGGCAGCAGCGAUGGCCGCGGCAGUGACUCGGAGUCCGACGGUCCCCCCCACAGGAAGAUGCCAGACGUCCGUAAGGAUGACAUGUCGGCACGGCGAACGUCCGUCAGCGAGCCCCGAACCGCCAUGCCCUUCAACCAGUACCUGCCCAACAAGAGCAACCAGACUGGAUAUGUGCCCACGCCACUCCGCAAGAAAAAGAACGAUAAAGAGGAGGGCGCACGCAAGAGUUGGAGUACUGCUACUUCACCUAUAGGGGGAGACAGACCCUUCAGUACUCCAGCUCGCUCGUGCUCAGAGGAACUCUUCCACCACUCGACAACUCUAGCGGCAAACGAUGCGGCGAGCCCCGUCAUCACCUCCGGGAAACCUCCACCUGUGAUGGAGCAGGAGGAGGAGGCGGCUGCUGCUGCGAGGAAGGGAGCCGCCGGUGUCCCGUUAGUCGCAGAUGCAGAGCAAGAUGAGAAGCGGGCUCACCGAACGCUGACCUCUCCCAAACACGUCACCACCCCGAGUCCCCCCCACUUCCUUCCUGUGCCCGCUGCCAUGGCAACCGCUACAACAGCAACGACCGAUACAGGCCGACGGAAGGGACGGGCUCUGAGUGAAAGUGGUGACCCACAAGGAGCGAACUCUUGGUUGGACAGCAGUCUUCCAGCAACAUUCAGCCGCACAUAUAGUGUGUCAGAUGACCCACAGAGUGUGAGUAUGAUCGACAUGCGUGGUGAGGAGGAGGCCAUGCUGCAGCCCCACAGUCAGGUGCGUCAUGAGCUGAUGCACAACCAGUACAACAGGAUGAAGGAAGAGGACGAUCACUGGCAGGAUGACCUGGCCCGAUGGAAACAUCGCAGGAGGAGUAUUUCCCAGGACCUGAUCAAGAAGGAGGAGGAGAGGAAGAUGAUGGAGCAGUUGAUGUCAGGAGACAUCUGUCCCACCCACAGGAGGAGAAGCAUCAAGACCUACAGAGAGAUAGUGGAGGACAAGGAGCGUCGAGAGCUUGAGCUGCGGGACGCCUACAAGAGUGCCAGAAACCAAGAAGAGGCGUCGGUCAUCCUCCAACAUUACGCCCAGCGCUUCUCCAUCAGCGACUCGGUCCUGGAACGCCUGCAGUUGCCAAAGAUCCUGGACCGCAGCAUAUCUGCUGAUCCCUCUUCACCCUGCUCACCCUUCCCUCUCUCCCUCUCCCUCUGCGCCUCCCCAACGACCCCAGACCCCUUCGACAUUGACCCCAACGGGCCCCUGAGGUAUCUGCGGCAGCAGUCCGCCCCGCCUCCGAAGUUCACGUCUACACUGGAGGCGCGAGUCGAGGAGUUUCCCAAAGACUCCUCACACCAGCGGCCUCAGAUUCGCUCUCGCUCGUCUGAGCCGCCAUCCAACCGAAACCUGUCGCCCAAACCGGUGCCUUUGCUGACACCCAAGCCUUACUUCCAGUCCCGACCCGCAGCAGCGGAUCAAUGGCCCAGCAAGGCGGACGGUUUGCUCCGAGUCAACGGUGACAUAGGAAGUGACGACGUUCCCACCGCGCCUGAGAGUCGAGGAAGGGAAUCUCCUCAAUUCCAUGCGUCCUCUUCCAUAACCAGCAACAGCACUGUAGAUGUUCCCUCGUCAGCAGCCUCACCAACACACAGUCCACACACCUCAACCGGAGGAGGAAGCCCUGUGUCAACUAAGGCCAAGGAGGCACAACGUGGGACAGAACCAGCCUCUAAGGACAUCCAGGAAGAGAAAGUCAUUGAGCAUUCGACCCCACCCAGCCGGCCCACCUCGCUCCCAUCGGAGCUGCAGAAGCCAGAAGAAAGCUUUGGGAAGUCGGUAGCUGCUCCAGAGGAGGACAAGUCAAAUGCUGCAGCUCAACAAACGCCUCCUGCAGAAGCCAAACAAAAACAACAAAAAGCUGAACCAUCUGGUCAAAACAUCUCCAGUCUUGUCCAGUCAGGAGUCGGCACACCGCGAAGUCAGCCAAUACCUUCACAGGCCAUUGUUCCCAGUUCCCAGGAGUCGUCCCAGAGAAGAGAGAACGUCCCAAGCUUAGCUGCACCAGGAUCAUUUGAAUAUCACCCUCCGAGGGAAACGACAGCAGAGUUUGCAAACAGUGUCAGGUCUCCGCUGGCAACCAGCAACCCUAAGUUACGCUGGGAGUUCUUCGUUCCGCCAGAAGAGAUGGAGAAGGAUCGACGUGGAAACGAGAAGUACCGGCGCGAGCAGGAGAAGCUGAAGGAGGAGUGGGAGAAAGCACAGAGGGAGGUGGCAGAGGAGGGGAGGAAGUACCACGAGGAGGAGCGUAGGAUACUGGAGGAAACCGUGGCGCCUCUGACUCCCCGCUCCUCGGCCCUGCCCUCCCCCAGCCGAGGGGAGAUCUCCUCCACCUCGGAGCCUCAGGACACCAUCGUCCGCUCGCUGGCCGACUGGGAGCGCAAGCAGGAACUUCUGGAGAGCCAGUCGAGGGGGAGCACAGAGAGUGUCGAAUGGAAACGCAGAGAAAACGACAGAACCAGUGACAUCAGCACCGCUGACGACAGCAUGAAAACAGGCAGAAGCUUGGUGAGUCAGAGCAGCAGUCAGGCGGAGACGCUCGGUCACAGUCUGCAGAACGGCCAGAAACUUCCUGCUAUGCCGACCAAAACCUCGACUCCAGUGAAGAAACCAGAAGAGCCUUCAGCAGACGGGAACAAGCCCGGCCGGCCUGCAGGAGACAGGAGGAGUGCUCCCAUUGAUAAUAUCAUGUGCUGCAGCUCAUCAAAACCCCCCGCAGCAUGUCCACCACCUCCAGACACACAGCCUCCAGCACCCAACAGGUCUGUCAGCGGGAAGAAGCUGUGCUCCAGCUGUGGGCAGCCGUUAGGGAAGGGGGCGGCCAUGAUCAUAGAGACGCUCAGUCUUUACUUCCACAUUCAAUGCUUUAAGUGCGGCGUGUGUAAGGGACAGUUAGGCGACACGACUACGGGCACGGACGUGCGGAUCAGAAACGGCCUCCUCAACUGUCACCAGUGCUACGUCCGCUCCCGCUCGGCCGGACAGCCAACCACGUUGUGACGCUCAACAGAGAAGCACACGAGGUUCAUGGAAGAAACCCCAUCCCUGUCUUAAAGCAAUUACCUGCAAAUCAUGUCCUUCACAGCGUGUCGAGAUCUUUGCAUCCUCUGCAGCUCAAUAACCAAUGAAGAUUCAUCACGGGGGCCAAACGGGGGAUCUGGGGACAGUCGAUAUAUAUUCUUCGUGUUUAUGUCCUCUGAUAUGUGAGUGAAAUCUGGAUUUGAUUGGUCCACGUGUCACCACAGACUCUGUUUCAUCAUGCAGCAAGAGAGAGACGGGGGUGGCGGCCAUGUUGAAAAGAAAACACAAUAACAUUAACAGAUGCUGAUGUUAACGUCCUACACUCAGAACAAUGUGAACACUUACCUUUUAAUUCCAUAUGAUGGAAAUGCAGUAAAUCACAUGUUACUGAUGUUUAAUUUAUCAAUUUUGAUAAAAAUCCAAAAACUGGAAAGAAAAGCGAAUAUGUGGUCAGGCAGCUCGACGGGAUCUUCUGUUUUAUUUCUCUAAAAACGGACUGAAGAAUAUUAAUAACGUUAUGCCCCUUUAAUUGAGCACUAGAUUAAAACAUAAAAGAUUACAGAAACUCGAUUUACAAAGUGCAGCGAAGGUUCGAUUGAGAUCCACAGAUGCAACAUAUACAGUCGGUCACUAUCUUCUGAUCCUCGGUGACCUCUACGUCUCUUCUGUGCUCCUGAAUACAAUUAGCUUCUAAAAAUAAACACAUGUUAUGGAUGUCGUUGCAUCUUCAGGGCAAUAACACGACUCGUGGGCUGUUUUUGUGCUUUUGGGUCGCAGCAGGUUGCUCCUCGGCCUGUCCGCUCGGAACGUCAGGACUUUAAUGUGCCUUAGGAAAGCAAGGUGACGCAGGAAAUAACACCAGCUGGGUGGUGUUUUAUUUCUCUUUCUUUUCUUCUUAUGUUUGGGUGUAAGGAGGGAUUUGGCCAAAUUUGAACCUUUAAACUGCAGACAGACAGGCUGCAGCCCUCCCUUACAUUGUGCUUACUUUACAUUAACAACACCUUUACUUUCACACGUCCCCCCCUCUGUGGUUCCUCAGUGGUUUGCAGUGAUAAAAACAGUGCAAAGGAAUACAUGUGUGUUGUAAACAGAAACUGCAGGGGAGACCGUUGAUUUAUUUUUGAAUGUUUUAUUCUAGAGCGAUAUAGACUUCUGUAUGCUAUUAAUUGAGGUAAUUUUGAUAAUUGCUCAGUGGUAGGAUUCGUUUAUAAAAUUACAAAAACAUAAAAAUCUCCAGUACAUGUUGCAUCUAGAGGUCAUAUGAACACAUACCAGCAGCAGUUGCACCUGUGCAAUAAAACUAAAGCUCUGUGCCGCCAGCUGGACAUUUAAGUCACUUGCUUCUUUUUUCUUUUUUGGACUUGUAUGAGAAGAGCUCGGUUAUGUAUUGUGGAUGUAAAAUAUAAAAUGCACGUUUAAGCCUAAAACCAAAUGAUUUGCUGUAUGAAAGCAAACUAGCAGCCUCCUCCUCCUGAACUGCUCCUCUCGCCACGCUUCUCCUCCGGGUUCAUCUCUCUGAUCUGCAGUAUUUUUAAGCUUCUGUUUCUCUGUAUUUUAUUUUUUAUCCUCAUUUAGUUAACGAAUCCAUCUCGGCUGAGUCUCUUAUAGCCGGAUCUUUGAGACAGCUCUCUUCAGACGGUUCACAGGAUAACUUUACGUCUGUUCUGUAUUUAUUGUAACAUUCACCUGAACAUUAUCCGAAAUAUAGAUUCAUUUAAUGUUUAAAUGCAAUGGCAUUUAUAGCAUACUGUAUGUUUAUAAAUAAAAUGUUCUAAAUUAAAA